CUCAAAUUUUAUUUAAUAACUUUUUUAGUUAUCCUUCAAUGCUUAUACAGCUUAUUGCUUAAUUCGUUCACGUCUCUAUUUCUUAAUAAUUUAUUAUUCAUAUUAAAAUAAUAAUAAAGAUCCUUAUAUACUUUAAGCACAAUGGGUGGCCAUCACGAACCUGAAAUCCAAAUACCGGAUUACAGAAUAUAUAAAGUUGAUAAUGUGCCGGAACUUGUGAAGGUGAAGAAUAUUCUUGCUACCGAAGGUCUCAAAGAUCCGUGGCUAAGGAAUGAAGUUUGGAGAUAUCCUCCAAGUAGCGGUAGUCGUUAUCAACAAUAUUUCAAAUGUUGGUUCCGUGGUAAACGCGGGCUUACAAUUGCUUUUGGAUUAGCAGCCUCUAUUAUUGCUGUGGAAAAAACCUAUGAACAUUUUUAUCCACCAGUUCAUCAUCACAGAAAGCCUUACUUUCCAUCAUCCAGUGUUUAAUUUAAGAUAACAGUACCGAAAUCAAAGGACUCCAAUGACGUGUCCAGAGAAAUUAUUAAAAUUUAUAAAAUUGCAGUGCUAUGAUCUUUAGUUUUAGUAUAAUUUGUUUGUAUUACAAAAAAACCAUUUAUAAAAAUAUGUUUUAUAAAAUACAAGGAUAAAUUUAAUUAUCAUGUAUAAUUCAAAUGUGAACAGCAUACAUUUUGUGUCUCAACUAUAUUAUUUGAAAAAUGGUAGUAAUAUAUAAAAAAAAUGACAGCA